UAAUUUUCGAUGACUUCUCGUCUUUUUGUCGAGCCGGAGCCUCCGCUGACGAAUGGUAGGGGUAGGGUGUUAGUCUGGGUUGGUCCUCUCCUGCCUUUGGUUGGUGCUCGCCAGAUACAGUCUACCUUGUUCUGAUAACAAAAUCGAUGUAUCUGUUUGGCAGCUCGCGACUGUUAGUACCGUGGAAUACUAUCUUUCAUUUAGAUGUGCAAUGUAGUGUACAGUAUUGUUUGCAUCGUUUCAGGCCAAUGAUCCACGGUUCUUACUCUCAGCACCAGUAAUCCUUUACAACAACUAGUUGAUGUAAGUUCCGCAACACGGGCAUGCACCAAUCUCGACUUCGUACCGCUACACUGGAACUUAAAUUUUGGACUUUUAAAACUAUAUUCUACUUUUAUCCUGAUUCCAGGAUCCUCCCUACCAACCUCUAAGUGUCGAGGUCUGUAGAGCUGGAAUAUAUUAUGCCAACAUCUCACGGGACGUCCAUAUUUGUCUAGUUGGUCUGAUCGGAUGCUGCUAUUCAUAGAAAUUUACACAAACCCGGGAGUAUGUGGAUAGAGAGGAAAGUUUGUUCUUAAGAGGAAUGCACGUGCUUAUUGCUUUUAUUUGAUAUGGCUGCAUAGCAUGCACCAUUAAUUUGAUAGUGAUCAACGAAAAGAAAGUACUAUUCUGUUGGAUCAUCGUUGGUUAUAUGAAUUGCAGUGAGGUAUUAUAUAAGUGUCGAUCAGGCCUAUGUGGAUCAGCAUUAACAUAAUAUAUCUGUAGGUUUAUAGUUUGUGAUCUGUUAAUCUCCGGUGACCCCGCCCCCCGGGAUUUAACCUCUAACCUCGGAAUGGGAUCCCUCGCUAAGGAAGUUCUCCGCCUGAGAGACCUAAAGAUUUUAAAGAAAGGUGAGGAUGAAAAGGGAUUCGCAAAGUAUGAUGAAUUGGACGAGGUUUACUCGGAGGAGGAAGAAGGGAAAUACACCGGAAGUAGAUUUAAUUUCAACAUCCGGUGUAAUUGCUGUAAGAACUGUUCAUGUGGACAGCGAUAUGUGAUAGCGUUUCUUAGUAGUAUUGGAUUUAUCAUAUCUUUUGGAAUAAGAUGCAACAUGGGCGUGGCUAUAGUGACGAUGACGAAAAACGGGUCAACGGAAGACAAUCACCUUGUACAGAGGAAACAGCAGGAACAGCUCGAACUCCUGGGGAACAACACCAAUGCAACACUACCACCCCAGCUUCCUGAGUUUAACUGGACGCCGGAGACGAUCGGCGUGGUAGACAGCUCAUUUUUCUGGGGAUAUAUUGUAACGCAGAUUCCUGGUGGCUAUCUCGCAUCUAGAGUUCCUGCGACCAGUACUGGAAACUGUUUUAAAAGUCCAAGUCCUAUAAGGAUAUUUGGAUUGGCCAUUGGUGUUUCCGCAUUUCUCAAUCUCCUGUUGCCUGGGGCUGCUCAGGUGCACUAUGGACUGGUCAUGGCGGUCAGGAUCCUUCAGGGACUCGUCGAGGGUGUCACUUACCCAGCCUGUCACGGUAUAUGGAGACACUGGGCUCCGCCAUUCGAGAGGUCGAAGCUUGCUACCAUAUCAUUCUGCGGUUCGUACGCCGGGGCGGUGCUGGGAAUGCCACUCUCCGGAAUACUCACUAAACAAUUCGGGUGGCAGGCGGGUUUCUAUGUUUUUGGUGUCCUUGGGAUCGUUUGGUCUAUUAUAUGGUGGUUUUUCUCUUUCGAAAGACCAUCUAACAGUCCUUAUAUCUCAAAUGAAGAAAAGAUAUAUAUAGAAACGUCGAUAGGUGAAUCGACAUCAUGUAAGGAUAUGAACACACCAUGGUUCAGCUUCUUCACCUCCAUGCCUGUGUACGCCAUUAUAGUAGCCAACUUCUGUCGUAGCUGGACAUUCUAUCUCCUCAUCAUUAGUCAGCCAAUGUAUUUUAAUGAAGUUUUUAAGUUUGAUGUCACAAAGAGCGGGUUGAUAUCUGCGUUACCCCAUUUAGUGAUGGCUAUCAUUGUUCCGUUCGGUGGCCAACUUGCUGACUUCCUUCGGCGGCGGGGCAUUCUCUCUACCACCGUGGUCCGCAAAAUCUUCAAUUGUGGAGGGUUUGGGUUGGAGGCGUGCUUCCUUCUUGGAGUUGGCAUUACAAGGAACACCACCACCGCCAUGGUAUGUCUCACGCUUGCUGUCGGCUCUAGCGGAUUCGCUAUAUCUGGGUUUAACGUGAACCACCUUGAUAUCGCCCCGCGCUACGCCAGUAUCUUGAUGGGAUUGUCCAAUGGUGUGGGUACACUGGCAGGCAUGCUGUGUCCAAUCUUCACGGAACUGCUGACCAAAGGAGCAACUGCAGAUGAAUGGGAGAUCGUCUUCAUCAUUGCCAGUGUCGUUCAUUUCCUUGGUAUAACGUUCUACGGAAUCUUUGCGUCCGGAGAGAAACAGCCCUGGGCAGACCCUCCUUCAGAGGAUAUGUGGAAACCCGAGGACACUUUGAAGUCAGACGGCUCAGGGAAAAUGUUUUCUUAUGGUGCUUUUGAGGACGACUCAGGAAACAAGGACGGUACGGUUGGGGGGCCCACUAUGAACGGGAAGGCUGGAGUGACUAACGGCCAGAUUCCAUAUGAUUACGGAGAGGGAUAUGAGGGACCUUAUAAUGCGCACGCUAAAUAUUCGUUUGAUGGCCCAAUGUACCAGACAAAGGAAGAACUCGUACAAGUGCAAGCCAAGGACAAAUAUCUGACGGACGAGAGAGAUUUAUGAAAAUUUCCCUCAUAGUUAGAUCUUAUCAUUUGUUGUACAGCUACAAUAAAAAGGCGAAAGAUUCAAGGACAUUUAUAGUAAAUAUAGCACAUAUAUAUCAACCGUAGAAUUAAAUUAUUUCAUUAUUUCAGAAGCAUAAUAAAUCAUCUCCCACUGUAGUUAUUAGAAUGGUUUGAAAAUAUGUUAUAAGGUCCAUUUAUAAACUACAUGUGUUAUCAGCUUACUAUUGGAAAUACAACACAUCAAUAAGGUAAACCAGAUAAAAUGGUUCUUUCUCACAAUGAUUCCUUAUAUGUAUAAUGGUAUUUUAAGAAAUUGCAAAUGAUUUUAGUCAAACAGACACAUAUAUUUUUCGAAAGGCAUAUGACAAAACACACAAUUGCUAAAUGUACUUAAGUUGAUAAUCAACAUAAAUCUAAAGGCUUCAGCAACUCUCUCUAUACAUAUAUAUACAUCAACAAUCUGGAGGCGGUUCCUAACAUCGAGACCAUCAGGAUAUAUAUGAAGGUUAUUUAGUUAUUUAUAGAAGUUUUAUUUUGUAUGUGUUUGAUACAUGUUGACAGUUACGUUAAACACAACACUGCCAUGUGAUCUCGAGGGAAGGGUCUGUAUAUAUAGGGUUACAGAUGAUCUAUGUUUAGGACGUACUGUGAAAUAAAGUACUGUUAUGAAACUAAUAUCAUAAACUAGUCACAAUAUUGUUGUCUUAUGAUGUUUUUAGAAUGAUUUGAAUACAUGACUAGAUUAUGUAAGCUAGUCAUAUCAUUGAAUUCUAAUAACGAAUUCGGAAAACCUAGAAAGACCGAGUUAUGACAAGUAGGACACAUUGGCGUAUUAUUAAUUUCUGUACAGUUUGUAACGAGGCAUUAUACUUUCAUUGGUAACGUUUCUACUUGUCCACAUUAUAUAUCCACUUAAUGUUUAAUUUCCUUUAUUAUGUCACUUUCGUGUAGGUACUUCUUACUAUUGUUGAAAUGUACACCCCUGUGUCGUCAUGGUGACCUAUAAAAUAGGCUUCUACCUGUCCGAAUAUAGAUAACAUUAUAUAUAUAUCACAGUGGCAUCCAAUUAAUAACGAGCAGUUGAAUUGCCGAGGAUAUGUGAUACACUGAUAUGUAACAACACGUAAGAGUUAACAUAAAUGUUAGGAACAAAACACUGACAACUAACAACAAAGAAAAUGUUACAGGGAUCGUUACGUUUAAAUAUCAAAAUAUAAAACUUUCUUUGGUGUUAUUUAAUCCUUAUAGAAUGUUUUUAUAACAAACAAAAUGAACAAUAAAACAUUCCCAGAUUUACGUAGGCUGAACUGCAAUACAAUUCAUAUUAAAUUCUAGAGUAGUUACAUGUGUGUAGAUAUUAAUCAGUCUUAUUAUUUGUUUAACGAUAUAAUUAUGAAGUAACAAAAGGGAAUGACCUUUUAAAUAACAGUUUGAAAUACACGAACUGUACAUAAUUAAAUUUGUUUAAAUUCGGUCGAAAACAACUAAGUAGUGAAUAUUUAAGCUCCUGAAUGUUAAUGUCUGAGAGAAGAACGUUCUAAUUGUCAUGUGCGAUAUUUGAUAUAAUGGGAAAUUCAGAAAUAUGGUAGUCGGAAAAGAGGUACCUUCAGAACAAAUGUACUUAAAAGAUAUGUUUUUGCAUAAAUAUUAAAUGUUACAUGAAUUCGAAAAUAAUGUUCAUAUUUUUGCAAGUUAUUGAUAAUCUACAGUAAAUGAAAACACCAGUAUCCGGUAUACCAGAAUGUAACUCGAUGUGUGGAUGUUAUAUAAUUGUUUUUCAUACCUACAAGAGAUUACGACAUUGAGGUUUAUGAUAACUUGCUUUAAACAACAUGAUACUGCAUGUUUGUUCUAUGAUAGUUUACAUGUUAAAAGAUGAUACUACAUUUCGGUCUAUGCUAGUUUAUAUGUUAAAAGAUGAUACUACAUUUCGGUCUAUAAUUGUUAAUAUGUUAAAAGAUGAUAUUACAUUCCGGUCUAUGAUAGUUUAUUUGUUAAAAGAUGAUACUACAUUUCGUUAGUAAUGAUAGAUAAUUAUUUUAAAAUAGGUUAUUACAUUUUGGUCAUGAUAGUUAAUUUUAUUAAACGAGGUUACUCGUUUUGGCCAUGAUAGUUAAUUGUAUUAAAAGAGAUUAAUAAAUUUUGGUUAUGAUAGUUUAUCUUAUUGAAGGAGGUUGCUAUAUUUUGGCCAUGAUAGUAAAUUGUAUUAAACGGGGUUACCACAUUUUGGUCAUGAUAAUUUGUAUAUGAAAAUAGGAUGCUAUUCCUAUCAAUUAUUGACAUUUGUUGAGGUGAAUAUGCAGUUAUAUGAACCUGAGAACAAUGGAUAGGUUCUGGUCUAUGUAACAGAUACUUGCCAAAAUGAAAUUCCUUAAUUGUUAAAAUGAAUCAUAAAUUACGAAAAUUAAGCGAAUUGUCAAGAAAACAAUACUACUUUUGGCGGAGAGUAUCAUAACUUAAGAAUUGAAGUGACGUCAUAAAGAUAAUUUUGACCAUUUUCUAACAAUAUUAGCACCUAGUCCGAUCACCAACCUCCGUGUGAUUAGGAUUCAACAAAGGUAAAUGUAAAAACAAAUUGUAUCAUCUGAUAUUUCGGUUUUUGAAAGUUUGUUCAUUCCAGGUUUGAUUUAGUUUGAUUUACUAUUGUUUAACGUCCUAUCAACAGCUAUGGUCCAUUACAGGUUUGGUUUAGUUUGAUUUACUAUUGUUUAACGUCCUAUCAACAGCUAUGGUCCAUUACAGGAGAAGACUGCAGUGAUGUUGAUGAUACUUUGUUAUGAUAAACUUCUCUGUUAUAUUGAUAGUCGUUGUUGGUUACGUUUUAUAUGUACUUCAUAUUUUAAUACCUUUUUUGAAGAAAACGUACAUUAGAAACAACUGUGAAAAAUAUAUGUGUGAUACCACAGAGUGAUAUCCUUUCUAUGUGUGUGAUCAUUAAUCAUUGUAUGACAAUAUAGUUAAAUUCUUUCUAUUAUUUGGGUUGUUUUGCUACCGUUAUAAUGGCGUUAUAAAUCACCGUUCUACAUAGGUACUAUAGAUCUGUGUUUGUUAGAGUAUAAAACUUUGUAGUUUGAAGAUUAUAAAAUCAGUUGUAUUGGUUAUGCAAAUAUAAUUGGAUAAUUUGA